GCCGAUAACCUAAGUUGAGAUUCAUAAAGGUUCAUAAAAGCAAUCCCUCUGUGUCCGUGUCGAAUCUUACACUGGCGACGAAGCGGAUUCGGACUACAUGAAGAUUUCCAUCGUCUGGCUACCGACAGUUGGAAACUUUCUCUCACUCAAGCAAGUCCCGUACGGUGUCAGUGAGUAGUACAAGUCUGCAACAUGACCACGCUAGGUCGGAUAGAAGAGUUUAACGAGGACUCUGGACACUGCAUUGAUGAAUAUCUUGAGCGAUUGGAAUGUUUUUUUGAUGCGAAUAAGAUAGAGGGGGAUGGCAAGAAACGAGCCGUGCUGCUUAGUGUGUGUGGAGCCGCGACUUAUUCAACACUGCGCUCUGUGUUAGCACCCACUCGCCCCUCUGACAGUGCGUACAAAGACAUUAAAAAAGCCUUACAACGCCACUACGGCCCCGCGCCAUCCGAGAUAGUGCAACGCUUUCAGUUUCACAAUUGCAAGCAGAAGCCAGGCCAAAGCAUCGCCAAUUACAUAGCAGAGUUACGAAAACUGUCAGUCCACUGUGCUUUUGGGGCACAACUAGAAGCAAUGCUGCGUGAUAGAAUUGUCUGUGGGGUGCUAGAUGAGUCCCUGCAGCGUCGUCUGCUUGCUGAGCCAGAGCUCACGUUCAAAGGGGCGGAGGAAAAAGCCCUUGCUGCCGAGACAGCCGCUUCCAAUGCUCGCAUUCUUAAAUCCGAACGUGCCAAUGCUGCCCAAACAGCUGAUGUUCAUCACACAUCGGCGAAAGCGAAACAAACAGAGACUCAAAGUCGGCCGUGUUUCCGUUGUGGGGGGAUGCAUGACUCUCGUGCAUGCAAAUUUAUCACAGCUGUAUGUCAUUACUGUAAGAAGAGGGGGCAUAUUGCUCGUGUUUGCCUAAAGAAAGCCAAGGAUGGCACUGACUCUUCAGGAGCAGCAGCACAACCCACACAGGAUGCACACAUUGUCACACAAUCAGAGGAACCGCAAGAGUACCAAAUAUAUACCAUGGGCGGGCAGGCAAGUGCAACAAGGAAACAGCCAUAUCAUGCUACUGUGAUGUUAAACAACAAAACACAUGUGAUGGAGGUGGAUUCUGGAGCAGCAUGCUCUUUGAUCAGUGAGCACACCUAUGACACCCUGUGGCCAGAUCAACCCCCUCCAAUACACAAAGAUAGCAGUGUGCUUAAGCAGUGGUCACAGGCAGAGCUGCGAGUUAGAGGGAAGAUUUUUGCAAAAGUGAAUUAUCAAGGCCGUGAACGCACAUUGCCCCUGCUCAUUGUGCAAGGACAGGGGACAAGCCUUAUGGGCCGAGACUGGUUUGAUGCUUUAGGCAUAUCCAUGAUGGGUGUACAUCACGUACACAGUCAAUCCAUAGAGUCAAUCCUGACUGAGUACGCAGAAGUGUUUCAAGAGAUGGGGGCCUCACGCACACCCCCAAUCUCCAUUGACAUCGAUCCUGCAGCUUCCCCAAUGUUCUUCAAAGCCCGCUCUGUGCCCUUUGCUCUCCGGGCCAGGUUAGAUGAAGAACUUGAUAAGCUGGUUGCCCAAGGCGUUUUUGAGCCAGUGCGCACUUCCCGGUGGGCCACACCCAUUGUACCAGUUGCGAAAAAGGAUGGCAGUUUGAGGAUUUGUGGCGACUACCGCUGCACGGUUAACAGAGUUGUGAAACCUGAUGUGUACCCCAUUCCUACUGUGGCCGAACUGUUCUCCAGACUGGCAGGCGGGGUGAUUUUCAGUAAAUUGGACCUCAAACAAGCUUACCAGCAGCUCGUGCUGGAUGACGCUGCAGCAGAACUCCUCACCAUCAAUACCCACCGUGGGCUCUUCCGGGCCCGCCGACUGCAGUUUGGAGUGUCAACAGCGGUGUCGAUAUUCCAGCGUUUCAUGGAUACCCUUCUUGCUGGCAUUCCAGGCGUUCAGCCAUAUUUGGAUGACAUCCUCAUUGCAGGAAAAACAAUCGAUGAGCACAAUGUGCGACUCUCUGCUGUACUGCAACGGUUCACAGAGGCAGGGCUGCGGCUACAAAAGGAAAAGAGCAUUUUCACGACAAGCCAGGUUGAGUUCCUGGGGUUUCGGGUGGACAAGGACGGUGUACGGCCAACCAGUGAAAAGGUGGAGGCAAUCCAAAAGGCUCCGUCACCCCGGAACAAAACCGAACUGCAAUCCUUCCUCGGCCUCCUAAACUUUUACAGUUGCUUUCUGCCCAACAAAGCUACAGUGUUGGAACCUCUACAUCGUCUCCUGGACCAGUCCUCUACGUGGCGUUGGACUGAUGAUCAUGAAAAGGCUUACGCUGCUGCAAAGCAACUACUUCAAGCUGAUGGCGUGCUAACCCACUACGAUGAAAGCAAACCCCUCGCCAUUGCAUGCGAUGCCUCUCCUUAUGGUCUGGGGGCGCUUCUAUUCCAUGUUGAGCCAAAUGGACGAGAGGCCCCCAUCUGCUUUGCGUCCAGAACGAUGUCUUCGACGGAGAGGAAUUAUGCGCAAAUUGAUAAAGAGGCGCUGGCUGUCAUUUUUGCAGUCAAGAAAUUUCACCAGUACCUGGCUGGUCGUCAUUUCCAGAUUUUUACUGACCACAAGCCCCUCUUAGGCCUGCUGCACCACUCUAAGCCCAUGCCCUCUAUGCUGUCCCCUCGCAUGCUACGCUGGAGUGUGCUUCUUGGAGCCUAUGAUUACGAGCUGAACUACAGGCCAGGGAAACAGCUAGCGAAUGCUGAUGCUCUGAGUCGCCUCCCCCUGCCCUCUACAGUGUCAGAGACCCCUCCACCCUUGGAGGUGCUUUUGCUGGAAACUGUGCCGGAUGCCCCAUUGCAUGCAAGCAGAAUCGCUGCCCUCACUCUGAAAGAUCCAGUUCUGUCUCGCGUCUUACGCUGGGUCCUUCAUGGCUGGCCUACAGAGGUGCCAGAUGACCGUUUCAAGCCAUUCCUGAACCGCCGGCAUGAGCUUUCAGCGCAUAAGGACUGUCUCUUAUGGGGAAGUCGGGUGGUUGUUCCUGAUCUGGCGAGGGAGGGAGUGAUAGCCAUGUUACAUGAUGCGCACCCAGGCAUUGUGCACAUGAAAGAGCUGGGGAGGAGUUACGUAUGGUGGCCAGGUAUGGAUGCCGCCAUUGAGAAAAAUGUCAAAGACUGUACAGUCUGCCAAGAGUCCCGCCAUGCUCCGCCCACUGCGCAACUGCAUCCAUGGGAGUGGACAACAAAGAAAUGGUCUAGAUUGCACAUAGACUUUGCGGGUCCAUUCCAAGGCAAAACCUUCCUCAUCAUUGUGGACUCCCACUCUAAGUGGCUGGAGGUAGCCGUGGUCAGUUCUAUGUCAUCCGCUGCUGUCAUUAGCACACUGAGACUUCUGUUCGCAACCCAUGGUUUGCCGGACGUCAUAGUCUCUGACAAUGGAGCCUCCUUUACUUCUGAAGCAUUCAAGGAGUUUGCCGGGCGCAAUGGCAUAAGGCAUGUGACCACAGCGCCCUACCACCCUCGUUCAAACGGCCAAGCCGAACGAAUGGUCCAGACAACCAAGGAGGCCUUGUCCAGAAUCACUGCUGGGGACUGGCAGACACGUAUAGCUAGGUUCCUACUGUCACAGCACACCACGCCUAAUUCUGCGACUGGGAAAAGUCCUGCCGAGAUGCUCAUGAAUAGGCGACUUACCACUGCUCUUGAUCGCCUUCAUCCAGAUUACGAAAAUGACAUGCAUCGCAAACAAGAGGUGAUUGCUGACAAGCAUAAAGGCAGUGUUAGGAGUUUUCAACCUAGAGAGACUGUCUACAUGAGGAGCUACACUGGGGCGCGCAAAUGGGUCCCCGGUGUCAUUAUGGAUACCACCGGCCCUGUCUCAUACAGAGUACAAACACCAGAUGGGCAACUGCAUCGACGCCAUGUGGAUCAACUGCGUGGCAGAGUGCAGGCAGGCGCUGACCAGGGUUCUGAGGGUUCUGAGGAAUCACCGGACGACAGUACCCCAGAGCCUAUCGAACCAACCCCACCUGCCUCUCCACAACCACCCGAGAGCGCCGAGCCAAGUGGUUCACCUGUCCCUGUGGUGGUGCCUGACCCUGCCACCCCCCUACAGCGCCCAAUAAGGGAGCGCCACCCACCCCAGCGUUUUGGAGACUUUGUGGACUAG